AUGUUUAGCUUCGGCGUUAUGUUAGCAGAAAGAAAAGGUUCUUUCCUGUCUGCAGGAAUAAUUGCACCAACAGAUUCAAGAAAAAGCUUGGGAGCCAGUGGACCUAAGUACAAGUACCGUAACCGCACUGCUGUAGUGGAGGGUCGCGGUUCUUCCAAGGGUGAAGUUGGUUUUGCUAGUAUGGAUGCACUGGGCUCGGAAUUAAGCAUUUGUCAAUUUUUGGAUUCAUUAUCAUAUGCUAGGCUCAGAGUCAUGCUACAUGUGCUAGAUCCUGUCGAGGUUAUAGUUCCGGAAUCAGUUGCUGAUAACGGAAGUUUCAAAAACCCUAUUGUUGAAAUGUUACAGAACAGUUUUCCUGAUAUCGAAGUAACUAAAAUUAGUCGCAGAUUUUUUAACGACUUGAGAGGAGCAGAACUUAUUCAACAGCUUGGUUCAUCCGAACUGUCACAUCUUACGAGGGAUAUGUUCAAGAAGUAUUACUGCAUGUCUGCAGUCAGCGCCUUGAUCAAGUAUAUUGAAUAUAUACAAAAUAUCCUCUUUGCGCAUGCCUCUUUGAAGAUUACAUACUACAGAAUGGAAAAAACUUGUUUUAUAGAUGUAAACACAUUAAAAAAUAUUGAAGUCAUUAGAGGAAGGAUUUCGAAUCGUAAGGAACAAAAUCUUAGCUUAUUUGAUUUUUUGAACACUUGUUCUACCAGUGGUGGCACGCGGAUGUUAAGGAGUUGCCUUUUCCAACCUUCCGCUGACGUCGAUUUAAUUCUCGAUCGAUCUAACGCUGUGGAGGAACUGUUAAGCAAUCAGCCACUUACUUCAAUUAUUCAGAAAUUUGAACGACUGCGAGCAAUAAUUGGUAAUGCUGGAGACAUACAACAACUGAUAACAGUGUGUUGUUAUAUGAACACAACAUUUGACAGCAUUCGAUGCACGGAACAAAAGAUUUCUGAAGUUCUUUGUUUGAGGCAGACGAUUUUGCUAAUUGAGCCACUAAAACUUGCGCUUGAAUCUAGUACAGCUCAAAUUUUCAAAACUUGCUAUCAGCAUCUUUGCGAUCCACGCUUUGAUGGUAUUUCAGAAAAACUAAAUGCUCGUUUGGAUCCCAAUGUUAUGAUACAUGAGCGCACCUCGCUCGCCAACAGAUAUAAAAGAUGCUAUGCUAUACGGUCUGGUCAACAUGUUAUGGUCGAUUUAGCUCGGAAAGCUUAUGAAGAGCUAGUGCGAGACGUCGAAGAAAAAGCAAAAGAAGAAAUGGCUUGUCUUUCCGGAGCCCGUUUGAUUUUCACCACUCAACGCGGUUUUCAUAUCCUGGUCCCCAGCAUGAAUCCUUUGUGUCCAGUAAAACUACCUGCACCAUUCAUACAGGUCGUUCGGAAUCGUUCGUCUGUGUCAUGUACUACACGAUCUUUGAUUAAAUACAACGAUCGCAUCAACGACGCAGUCAAUGAGAUUAUGGUUGGCAGUAACAUAGUUAUCGCCCAACUAAUGGAAGAGAUCAGGCCCUUAAUCUCGUGCCUUUAUCACUUAGUUGAAGUGGUUUCUCUCAUAGAUUUCUUAAUGUGUCUUGCAACUUAUGCCUUUAAAGUACCUACUGUUAAACCGACCUUUGCUGCUUCAAAUGCUAUGGUUAUCAAGCAAGGACGUCAUCCGUUGCUCGACAUGAUUUCAGAUAAUGUUAUCGCUAACGAUGCGUACUUGUCUCCAGAAUCCAGGCUUGUAAUAAUAACUGGUCCAAACAUGGCUGGCAAGUCAACGUAUUUAAAGCAGUUAUGUUUGCUCCAAGUUCUUGCCCAAACCGGUAGCUAUGUUCCAGCAGAAUUCGCUGGCUUUCCUGUAGUACAGAGGAUUUUUUCACGAAUAGGUCACAAUGACGACUUGACAAACAAUCUGUCUUCAUUCGCUUUAGAGAUGUCUGAAAUGGCACCAAUAUUCGCAGCUGCAGAUAGUACUAGUCUUGUUGUUGUCGACGAACUUGCACGUCAUGCGUAUUUUGCACAACAGCAGCUCGAAAUUUUAGAUACUGCCACAGAGGAAGGGAUAGCGUUAUGUUUUGGCUUCUGCGAAGAGAUGUUGAAAACAAAGGCGUUUGUUGUUUUCGCAACUCAUUUUUUGGACCUAACUUCACUUGCAGCAAACUUCGCAACUGUUGAGAACUACCACUUCUCAGCAACCACAUACACUUAUAAAGUACCCGAUAAGGAUGAAGUCCAGGUUUUGAAAUGUAACCAUCAUUUAUAUAAAGGGCCUUAUAGGGGACCUCUAUAUGGCUUUAACAUCGCAGAGCUCGGAAAUUUUCCGAAAGGACUACUUGAUGAGGCAAAAAGUUUCGCAGAAAAACUUCGAGCCGGUAAACAAACUGCGAGUUUGAUGAGCGAAGAAUCACGAAGACGGCGAGCUGUCCUUAGAUUUGGAUACAAGUUACGUUCGAUGUUGCCAAUUCUGAAAGUUGCUGAUUUCGCAGCAGCUAGUAGUUACCUAAUAAAUCUUCGUCAGCAACUCCGUGAAGAUUUGUCAGAAAUUCAUGCUGCUACAAACGAAAGAAGUUUCGACAGAUGUGCAGGUUCAACUGCCACUGGUCAAUGA